CCUAUAUAACAAAGAGUCAAGCAGGAGGUCACAGACAGUAGUUGCCUGAGUCUACCCUUCGACAUGGCCGUCUUUAGCAUUGCUGCGAGCAUCUUGAUGCUUCUAUUUGCAGGCCCAGAUGAAACGUUUGGUGCAGACCCGCUAGAGAGCCGUCGGGCCGACCCUGACCUUGUGUCCGUGUCCGGGUUCUCCUCUGGCGGGUCCUUCGCCGUGCAGUACCAUGUCGCGCACUCACAGAGCAUCAUGGGAGCUGGCAUCCUGGCAGGAGCACCUUACCACAGUAGCGGUACCAUCCUGUACAACAUCCCCGGCCUACAGCACGACACACAGACCUUCUAUCAGUUCAACCUUGUGGACGACCCUUCCAACAUGGCGGCCGACAGGGUCUAUCUGUUCCACGGCUCCAGUGACAUCAUGGUGCCAGAAUAUGCCAUGACUGCGUUGAGAGAAUACUACAAAGGAUUCGUCGACAACCACAACAUUCAGGAAGUGCUUGACGUGCCUGCAUUUCAUGGAUUCCCGACUGCUGACUACGGUGGAGAGUGCGGGCAUCUUGCCAUGCCGCUUUACCUCAACAACUGUGGUUAUAACGCCGCUUUCGAAGUCCUGGACCACAUCUACGGAGGGCACCGGCCUCUGACGAAACCUGACCCUUUCAGUGACGUGGCGACCCGAGGAGAGUUCAAGGCGUUUGACCAGAACGAGUUCACGACGUGGCUCGGUCACGGGUUUGACAGUCAGGGGUACGUGUACAUCCCAUCCGGCUGUGCCAGCAGCAUGUCGGACUGCAAGCUGCAUGUUCACUUCCAUGGGUGCUUCAUGGGAAGUUCGUUUGUCGGUGACGAGUUUGCCCGGAAGAGCGGGUACAACGAGGUGGGAGAACUGAAUGACAUCAUCAUCCUGUAUCCGCAGAUCAAGGGCGGUCUUCUCGCCACGGACGCCUCCGGCUGUUGGGAUUGGACCGGGUAUACAAACGAGAACUAUGCAUAUAAAACCGGUGUUCAGAUCACAGCCAUCCACCGCAUGAUACAGCGCCUCCUAGAGUAGCUGCGACGUACUGCAAGAUUGUACGGGAGUCUCAGCUCCGCCUCUUGGUACUGUCAAAAAUAACAUUUGGGAUCAGUUGCAAUAAAUGGCAAUUUAACCGA